GGCCACGGGCUUGCUUCCAUCAGGUCGAAACCAAGGAGGGGUCGAACCAUUCCGCCGCCAACCAUGCCGCAGCCGCCGCCCUUGUGCCGCCUCCUGAGCCGCCUUCACCGCCGGCCACCCAUCUCCCAGCCGCGGCGCGCCUUCGUCGACGCCCGGGUGAAGUGGAUCCGCGACCGCGCACUCGACCACGCCGUCGAGAAGGAGAAGCACCUCCAGCCCUUCCAUGCCCUCAAGGACCUCCUCCUCUUCCCUUCCUCCGCUGCCUCUUCCUCCCCUUCCGGCCCUUCUUUCCCCCUCGCCUUCAUCGCCUCCCGCGCUGCUGACCUCCGCCUCCCCUUCCGCCCCAUCCGCUUCAUCCGCCUCUUCCCCUCCGCCUUCAUCGAGGAGCUUCCCCCUCCCACCGCCGGCGCUCCCCCUCGCCCCGUCAUCCGCCCCACCCCGGCGCUUCUCAGCCUGCACGACGACGAGCGGCGCGCUUUCGAGGCCGCCCGCCCUGACGCCGCCGACCGCCUCCUCCGCCUCCUCAUGCUCGCUCCCCGCCGUCGCCUGCCCCUCUGCCUCGUUGACCGCCUCCGCUGGGACCUCGGCCUCCCCCGCGAUUACGCCCGCUCCCUCCUCCCCGACUACCCCGACUACUUCCAGAUCGUCCCCUCCACCACCGGCGUCGGCGGCGCACUCGACCUCGAGCUCGUCUUGUACCGGAAGGACCUCGCCGUCUCCGCUAUGGAGCGGUACGCCAUGAAGACCGGCGGGUACAAGAAGGGGAUGUCGCUCGCCUUCCCCCUUCACUUCUCUCGGGGUUUCGACCUGGAGAAGAAGGUGAGAAAGUGGUUGGAUGAGUGGCAGAAGCUGCCCUACAUCUCCCCCUACGAGGACGCAUCUCAUCUCGUGCCAAAGAGCGAUCUUGCAGAGAAGUGGAUGGUGGCAAAGCUGCAUGAGGUCCUACACCUUUUCGUGCCAAAGAAGACGGAGAAGGAGAACCUGGUUCUGCUCGGAGAGCAUCUCGGACUGUCACCGGGCUUUAGGAAGGUGAUCACGCAUCACCCGGGCAUCUUUUACGUGUCCAAUAAGCUGAAGACACAAACGGUGGUGCUCCGAGAGGCAUAUAGGAGAGAUCUUUUGGUGGGUAAGCACCCACUGAUGGGGUUGAGGUAUCAAUAUAUCCAUCUCAUGCACAAGGGGAAAGAGACAGAUGCUAAGAAAAAGCAUAGCAAAUCCAGAAUUGGUGCUGCCCAUGGCUCUAUUGAUAAUGGCAUCACAGCUGAAGAUGAAGAAGGCGAGGAAGAGGAUGAUGAAGAUGAAGAUGAAGAGGAGGAGGAAGAGUUGUCAGCAGCUUCAGGUGUUGACACUGAGGAUGAGAGCGAUGAUGAACAUGUUAGUCAGUCUUCUACCAUGGAACAAAGAGAAACAACUCGACAUGGAACUAAUAGGAGGGUUAUGGUUUCUAACUGAAUUUUGUCUUAGUUUAUAAGGAGAAAUGGAAGCAUGAAAUUUGCACAAGAUAUCAAGGAAUGAGAUAUUCAAGGAGCUUGGCUGAGGUACACUGUAACAAAAAUUGGCUUAAGAGUUCCUGAAAAUAAUGCGAUGGAAGUAAGUGACUUGCUUAAAUUUAACCGAAAUCGAUAGAGCCAAAAGCCUAUCUAUCAGGUGUAGAAUUAUUGUACACAAUAUGAUAUCUUAUCACACCAUUGAAGUGUUUUAUUAUUAUUAUUAUUGGCAUCAUUUAUCAAUAUUAGGAUUAGUGCUACCUUUA